CAGAGCCAGCAGCAGCUCCGCCGCCAUGUCGUCCAAGGUCAAGGGUGAUGCCGCCAAGCUCAAGGCCAAGAAGUCCGUCUCGCGCUCCUCCAAGGCGGGCCUCCAGUUCCCGGUCGGCCGGAUCCACCGCCACCUCAAGCAGCGGGUGACCAACAAGGGGCGCGUCGGUGCGACCGCGGCCGUCUACUCCGCCGCCAUCCUCGAGUACCUCACCGCCGAGGUGCUCGAGCUCGCCGGCAACGCGUCCAAGGACCUGCGCGUCAAGCGGAUCACGCCGCGCCACCUCCAGCUGGCCAUCCGCGGCGACGAGGAGCUCGACACGCUGAUCAAGGCGACCAUCGCCGGCGGCGGCGUCAUCCCGCACAUCCACAAGUCGCUCCUCAAGAAGAAGUCGGCCAAGGACUGAGCACACCAACAGCCGCAGCCCCCGCCGAACUCCCUCCCCCCGGUGGUGGGGGGUGGGGGGGGGGGGGUCUACGUUCUGGCUCGGCAGGGCGGGGUGAGGGCGCAGCUACACGCACGGUUUCGUAGUCCCGGCUAUUGAGGCGCCACGGCGCACGCACUGCUUCGAGACGGCUGCCGGGGUCGUUCAUGUGAGGCUGUACCACCCCGCCCCUCAUCAGUCCUCCCCCCUCCUCUCCUCACACUCUGCUCUUUGGCAUGUCUGGGCAUGUGCGUGUAUUUGACCCUCCGAUCAGCAAGCCACCGACACUGUGUUCUCCCCUUGCAUUGGGUAGCUACCACCCCUAACGUUAAGAGCUGAACAGUGAGUGACAGUGUUGCUAGUGUUAACAGUAACAAUAGAAAAACA